AUUUUGGAUCUUCGUCCCUCCCUUUGGCUUAAGGUGUAGGGUAGUGAAUAGAAGAAGGCACAUCACUGUCACCAGUCUAUCACUUUGGAUCGUGAGAAGCAGAAAUAGACCGGUUUCAAAAUGUACUCCAGCAAGACACAGCAAUCACCAAAAUCUGGUGUGAGUCCCAGUCAAGCAGUUGGAAGCACUUUGAUGAGGAGGAAAGCUCUUAUGGAAGACAACAGCUGGAUUAAGAAAGAUAGAGAAGAUGAACCAGAAGACAAGCCUGCAGAUGCUAAACAGAGCAACAUGGCAAACCUAAACACCUCAGCUAGCUCAUUCACUAAGAGGGUCAGCGGGAGUCAGGACUUUCCAAAUAAAAACACCAUUCCUACUGCCACAAAACCACCAGUCCCUGACAAGAAACCUGCUCUUACAACACAGUCAAACAGUUUUACAGCUCGGGUGUUCUCAGGUGCAAACUCAAGCGAAAAACUGCUCAGCCCUGUUAAAAAAUCUAUAGAUGAGAAGGAUGAGAAGCUUCCAGUGUCAGAUCCACGUAAAGAAGUCUCUGAUGGCACUGAGAGCAAAAUUAAAAUCCCUAUUCCUCCAUCAACUACAGUUACUUCAGUCAGAAAGACAACUGAGACCUUCACAACCCCAGAAAAAACCUAUUCUUCCUUUGCAAGCAAAACAGAAACCUAUUCAAAGAGCCUGAAAGAAAGCCCCCAAAAGAGUCCUCUGGAUAUGAGUUAUAAUACUCCUCAGCGAGUAAACACUACUGAAAUGACAGUUAGCCCAACUGUGAAAUCGAUUUCACAUGUAUCCCAAUCUCUGCACGCACCCAUGAAUCCAACACCUGUACCUUCAACAGCAUCCAGGAUUGUCGGUAAAAGGGAUCUCUGCUCAUUCUGUGCUAAAAGCAUUAUUGAGGGAGAAAGGAUUAUUUUGGAUGACCUUCAAAUCUUCAGUCACACAUUCUGCUUCAAGUGUGACACGUGCUAUCGUGCUCUUGGAAAUCUGGAGGCAGGUGACAGUCUGUGGGUGCACAAGGGAAGGGUGACAUGUGCAAACUGUUACAUAAAGACAAAAGAUCAGUGGUAUCGCUGAAGACAUGAAGUCUAUUCUGGACCCUUGAAACAUAUAUACUAACCUUCUUGGUAUAAAUCAAAACAUAAUUCUUUCUGUAACAUCUAAAUGGCAUCUUUGAAUAAUUUCUUUGGCGUAUUUAUCUGGGAAGAAAAGAUGUAUAUGCUCUUUUUGUUUUCUAUAUAAUGUUUCUGGAAAGAGAUGUAUGUGUGUGUAUAAAUAUAUAUAUAUAUAUAUAUAUAUAUAUAUAUAUAUAUAUAUAUAUAUAUAUAUAUAUAUAUAUAUAUAUAUAUGGUAUAAUGUUACCUAUAUAGUAUUGUAUAAUAUUUGUCUAGGAUUGCCUGAUUUAAUGAUAUUGUAUUGUUGCAGUCUACAGUUUUGACCAAUAAUAUUAUUUAAUUAAUAAUUAUUAAUAUAGGUUAAGAUGUUGAUUGAUGUUGAUGUCUAAACAUAAAGCUCAUAAGGAAUUUUCAGUGAAAGGAGAAGCAUUGUGCAAAUCAAUACAAGCAAACAUCUUUGAAUUCAA